AUGGAGCACGUGCAGGCAAGCAGCGAAGACCAGCGUAUGCAGAGCGAGUUCUACGAGCCUGAUCAGCCCGAGCAGCGUGAGCAGCCCGAGCCACCUGAGCAGCCUGUGCAGCCUGACCAGUCGGAGCAACUUGAGCGCCUCGAGGAGCCCCCCCAAUUCGAACAGCCCGAGGAACUCAAGCAGCCCCAGGAGCUCGAGCCGCUGCCGCAGCUUGGACCACCACCACAACAUGAGACACCUGAGCAACGCCCGCGGAACCAACAACAAAAUCAGCAGCAAGGCCACCGCUCCCGCUUCGAGCAGCGGAAGCGAAACGAUAGACCACAGCAGACGCGGGCCACUGACUGGCCUCACUAUCUGGAGCCCGCAGCCGGAGUGCCACCUACUGACGAGCUCGACAUUCGUGACUACUUACCAGACCAAGCCAGCGACCCGCCUGCUCCAUAUGACGCUAUGAAAGUAAAUCAAAUGCAAGUCGCGCCCGUUGGCCAAAGAAACAGGAACCAAAACCAUAGAGUGGAACAACAUGGUAGCUAUGAGAGAAAAGAGAGCCCGACGCCACGCGAAGAUCAAGAUGAAAUGAUUAACACACCACCUGAAAACGAGCCGGGUGGAAACCCAGAAGAAGCAGAUCAGCCUGAGCAGAAGAACGAACGCGAAGUGCAGGCUGACCUCAACCACCAGGACGACGCUGAGCCGAAAGAGCACUCCGACCCGCAAGACAAUUUAGAUCAACAGAACGACCAAGCUUCCGACUUUUCGGAUGCCAAGCACCAAGAUCAAGCUAUCUUCGAUGAAAUCCCAGGACACAGUAACAACCAACCUCAGCAUGCAGGUCGGACACCAGGUCCGCCACAGCAGCAGAAGCGAGACUAUCAAAUCUCCAAAAAAGAUUUAUUGUACUACAUGGACGACACCAAGUUGAGACGAAACAAUAUUGCGUCAGAUGAUCAAUCGUCAACCGACGACGAAUCAGACCAGAAGAAGAAUAAUCAUUCUCUAGACAAGAAUGGUCAUGUCAAGGUCAGCCGGGUUACUUCAAAUCGUGUGACCUCUGGUCGCAUGGCCCCUAGUCGAACAGGUCCUAAACGAACUAAUUUCAGUCGUGUUUACACGAAGAGGACGAAGGUGAAAUCGGCGCGACGCGGCUUCAACACGAAGAGUACCACGACGCUGCGGCCCCGAGAGAAGCCAACGAAGCGCACCUUCGUCGUCACCGUUUCAGGAGCCAACGUCACGUACAAGCUGCUUACGAUGAAGACCCACGACCGACGACGCAGUGGGCCGCGGCGGUUUCUAGAGGAACGGGCGCCUGACAGCGUGGCGCUGAUCAGCCUCGACAAGGCCCCGCUGCCCGCCUUCCGGCUGCCGCGCACGCGCCGUCAGUACAUGCACGAGAUACACGAACACCGCGACCCGCUCGACGACAUGAUACCGCACCACCGCAGACACGACAAGUAG